CGGAGCCAUAACAGAACGGGACGUGGUUGAAAAUGGCAGGCAAUAAAUCGGCUCUGGUCCUGUGCAUGGAUGUGGGCUUCUCCAUGUCCAACUCCGGCCCGGGAGAGGAGCCCCCGUUUGAACUGGCCAAGAAAAUCAUCCAGAAGUUUGUCCAGCGCCAGGUUUUUGCAGAGGCAAAGGAUGAGGUGGCUUUGGUUUUGUUUGGCACAGACGCGACAAAAAAUCCUCUGGACCAGGAUAACCAAUAUCAGAACAUCACUGUGCAUCGUCACCUCAUGGUACCUGACUUUGAGCUCCUGGAGGAGAUUGAAAAUCAGAUCCAUCCAGAGAAUCAGCAGGCUGACUGGCUGGAUGCUCUUGUAGUUUGCAUGCAUGUUCUCCGGACAGAAACUGAGGGGAAGAAGUACAAUGUGCGCAACAUUGUCCUGUUGACUGACCUCAAUACGCAGGCGAGCUCAGACAAGCUGGAUGUAAUCAUCAAAAAUCUGCAACAAGCUGAUAUCACGCUGCAGUUCUUUUUUCCUUUUCCUGUGGAAGAAGACGAUGAGAGCAGUGAAGGAAGUGGAGACAGAAGAGGUCCUGGUCAGCCGGGCGCAGGCAAAGGUCUGUCGAGGGAACAAAAGGAGGGAGUGGACAUGGUGAAGCACAUCAUGCUGAGCCUGGAUGAGGAGGACGGCCUGGAUGAAAUUUAUACCUUCAGGAGUGGAAUUGAGCAGCUGAGUAUGUUCAAGCGUAUCGAGCGCCGGCCCAUGCCCUGGCCAUGUCAGCUGACCAUCGGAAGCUCCAUCUGCAUCCGGAUUGUCGGCUACAAAGCAGUGACUGAGGAGAAACUGAAGAAAGUCUGGAUGACGGUUGAUGCUCAGACCAACCAAAAGGACGACGUGAAGAGAGAAACUGUCUACUGCCUGGACGACGACAACGAGACAGAGGUGCAGAAAGACGACACCAUUCAAGGUUUUCGUUAUGGAAGCGACAUUGUUCCCUUCUCCAAAGUUGAUCAAGACCAGAUGAAAUACAAACAUGAUGGGAAGUGCUUUGCUGUUCUGGGUUUCACCAGUCAGAAGUUGGUCCAGCGUCAUCAGUUCAUGGGAACGCAGGUCUUAAAGAUCUUUGCUCCAAAGGAUGAUGAACAUGCUGGAGUGGCACUGUCGGCUCUUAUCCGAGCUCUUGAUGAACUGAAAAUGGUGGCCAUCGUACGCUAUGCUUACGACCGACGCAGUAAUCCUCAAGUGGGCGCAGCUUUCCCUUGUAUCAAGCAGGACUAUGAGUGUCUGAUGUACGUCCAGCUGCCCUUCAUGGAGGACCUCAGGCAGUUUACCUUCCCCUCUCUUGAAAACAAAAAGUUCACUCCUUCAGACUCACAGCUGUCUGCUGUUGACUCUCUCAUCGAUUCCAUGAUGUUGACAGAGGAGGAUGAGAACGGAGAUCAGACGGACAUGUUUAAGCCUCAUCACAUUCCCAACCCUGCCUUCCAGAGGCUUUACCAGUGCCUCCAUCACCGGGGGGUGAACCCUGACACUCCUCUACCUGAGAUCGAGCCGUGGCUGAAGGCUGCUCUCGAUCGCCCCGCCGUCAUUACUGAACGCUGCCAAGCUCCUCUGGAGGAGAUGAAGAGAAACUUUACACUCAAGGAGGUGGAGAAGAAGAAGAAGUUAAAGACGAGUGCUCAGAUUUUUGGCAAAAGCGCCGAGGAGCCGGAUGCCAAGAAGGCAAAAGAAGACGAGGCAGACGAGGAGUAUAACCUCGCCGACAUCGCUGAAGGCUCCGUUACCUCGGUGGGAAGUGUGGAACCAGCUCGAGAUUUCCGUGCGCUCAUCAAGCAGAACAGUCUCCCGUUCAAAGAAGUCUGUCAGCAACUGACUCACAGGAUCGAGCAGUUGCUUGGCAACAAGAGCACGCACUACUACAUGAAAAGCAUCACCUGCAUCCAGGCUUUCAGAGAGCAGUCCGUUAAGUUGGGGAAUGCGGAGCUGUACAACAGCUACCUGCAGUCGCUGAAAAGUAGCGUCUCGUACAGAGGGCUGGAGACCUUCUGGGACCUUCUUGUCACAGACGCUAUAACUUUGAUCAGCAAGGACGAGGUUGAAGGAAGCACCGUAUCCAAAACCGAAGCGAAUCAGUUCCUGGUUACUGAGGAGCAGAAAGAGGAGGCAGCGGCGCCUCCAGCUGAAGACGCUGGAGAUGUUGAUGAUCUGCUGGACAUGAUGUAAGAGGAGAAACUGGAGGAGUGUCGGCAGCGGACUUGCAGAAACAUUCGAGGAAUGCAGUCUCUCGACCCGGCCAGACCAAAUUGUUGAGCCGUCCAUUGUUCAGCCUCCCACUCAAAGACCGAUGAUGCUUAAUAACUGCUAGCUGAGAAAAGUUUGACCGAGCUGCAGUAAUCACUUCCUGAAAUCCGUUUCCAAGCUGUUCGGGUCCAUGUUUCGGGUUUUAAAUGCCAUCAAGUCUGUCAUUUUCAAAAUUGUUUCUGUCUUGCUAUAAUGAUUUAUUUUUUUUCUAAGUUUGGAUACAGAAUGUACCUUAAAUAUCACAUUUUCAGAAGUCGUGUCCAACAAACUGUUGCUUUAUUAUGUGGAAUCAGUAAAGCUUGGUUGUUGAUCAAGAAUG